AUAUAUAUCAAAUUCUAAAACUUUAGCCUGGUUUUCACCAUUGUGGAGAAAAAAAAAGAUGAUUUCUCUUGUUGCAGUUGGGGAAAGAAAGACAGGUAUGGUGGAGGUAGGGAUACCAUGUUACAUCACGUGAAAAACCGCAUUUGCAGAUCACAAUGGAAGAACCAACAAAAAGAGUAACGUUGUAAUAUGCAAUUACACAAGAAUGGUAUAUAUAGACUAAGAAGUCAACAGGGUUAUAGUCUUAACAACGUCUUUGUUGGCUCUUGGGGGCACAUCUGGAAAAACCUAAAUCAGUUCAGCGGUAGCAUCAUAUUUUACCAAACCUACACUUUUUUCUGGUCAUCUGUAACUCAAAUGGGACUGUAAGUGUCGGAAAGAAACCCAAUAACAAUAAACUAUCAAUUGUUGCAGAUCUGAACUUUGCAGCUUAAACAAGAGAAAGAUUAAAAUAGAAUGAAAAAUACCUUCCAUUUCAGAAACAAAGUUCGGUAUCUCAAUUCUCAACUUACUAAUGACAGCAGAACAAAGGCAAAUGUUUACUAAAAAGCGGAAGUCAUUAUUGAGUAAAGAUCUCAACUUCUAUAAGUACAAGUCCAAGUCUCUUUACAACUAAACCUUUGCAUUACUUGGUUAAAAAGUUAGCUAACUUCUUAAUAAUGAUGGUGGAGACAGAAAACAGUUUGACCUUUCAUGGAAAAAAAUUAUUUUACUCAAAUGACAGUCUGGAUUCGGAUCAGUGAGUCCCACAAAGAAAAGGAAGACAAGCUUGUGCCAUAAAAGAAUUGCUGUGUCAUAGCAGGGCACUUCCUCAUGAUCUCUUUACUUCAACUAAAAUAAAGCAUCUGCAACCUUCAACUAGAGCCUAGAUGACAGCUUUAUCUCUACUCUGAAACCAAAAAAUACGAAAUACAGAGUAAAGUGAAGCAGUCAACUUUUCUCAAAUUCCAAAGAAAGGUCAGGCAGAUUCAUUUUCUGAUUUAACAAUCAUGUUCAAAUCAUCAAAAUGGAAAAAGGAGAAGAUCAAAGCUGUAUUCAGAAUGCAGUUUCAGGUAACACAGGUGCCUCAGCUAAAAGCAAAAAAACUAAUGAUUUCACUAGUUCCAGCAGAUGCCGGAAAGCCAACAGUGAGACUAGGAAAAGCAGCAAUUGUGGAAGGAACCUGUUCAUGGGAGAAUCCUAUCUACGAGACAGUGAAAUUAGUCAGGGAUCCAAAAACAGGACAAAUUAAACAAAAUAUUUACUACUUUGCUGUGGCAUCUGGAUCAUCAAAAUCAGGUUUCCUGGGAGAAGUUGGUCUCGAUUUUGCAGAUUUGGUAGAGGCAACUGAAACCUUGGUAGUAUCUCUACCCCUAAUGCCACUGGAGACUGGCGCAAUUUUACAUGUCGCAGUACAGAAUAUGCAAGGAGCUCAUGGGACCAGGUGCAGUGAAGAUAGUUCAAUUUCAAGGACUGAAUCUCUAGAUCAGAGUUUUGAAACAGAACUAGGGAGCGAUGGUCAUUAUGGAAAUGGACAGUGUACAUCUAUUGAAGGUGAGGAUUUGAAUGAACCAUCUCAUUAUCUCAAGAAAAAUAGUGUCCCACGGGAUCCUCAACCAAAAAACAGUUUUGUGAAACAGUUCACACCCCAAAAUGCAGUUAAUCCCCUCGAAAGUCAUCUACAUCAGAGAUCGUCCACAGAUUGCUCGCUUGGCUCUGAUUUAGAUGGGAGUCUAAUUGAUACAACAUACAAAUCAGAGGAGGACCUUCUGAGAGACAACGCCCAAGAAACUUCAAGUAACAGUUUUGAGUCAAUGAAAAAUAAGAUCACAAUGCUUGAGAGGCAGGCAGAAUUGUCAGAAAUAGAACUACAGACACUCAGAAAGCAAACUGUGAAAGAGACCAAAAGGGCACAGGAACAGUCAAGACACAUUGCCAACCUAAAAGAGGAGAGAGAUGUCCUUAAAACCGAAUGUGAGAAACUUAGACUGAGAUGCACAGAUAGGGUGGAGGCAGUAGUUUCAGAUAGUAUAGGAUCGGACGACAAAAGUUCGACAGCUCUAUUGAAAGAAAUUAGGCAUAAACUUCAGAAUGAGAAGAACUUAAAUAACAAAUUGAUGCUGAAACUGCAAAAGACAGAAGACUCAAAUUCUGAACUCAUUCUUACAGUAAGAGACCUCAACAAAAUGUUGGACCAGAAAGACAAGGACAUUUUGUAUCUUUCCGAAAAAGUUAGGUCCAAUAAGGAUUUGCUAGAGGCUGUUGCAGAAUCAAACCAUCUCAAGAUUGGUCAGAAUGAAGAUAGAAAAGCUAAGGAGCUUAAAAUUGCUGAUGUAUCUCAAGCAAUGAAGCAGACAAUUGAAAAACUACAGAAUGAAAUAGAGGUCUACAAGAAAGACAACGAAGAGCUGAAAGCACAGAUGGAUCAGCUUGAAAGCCAUUGUCAAUUGUUAAAAGAGGAAAAUGACGAAAUUAAUCAUAACCUAGAGCAAUGUGAGCAGCAAAAGGUGAAAACUCAACAAGAACACUCAGAAUCUUUAGCCGCUGUUAAGCACUUUAAACUCCAGGUGGAGCGGCUAGAGGAAGAAAUGAAAAGACAAACAUUACAGUACUCAAAAUCAUUGGAUACGAUAAACGAACUUGAAACAAAUGUUUCAACGCUGGAGAAUGAACUGGAAACGCAGACACAGGAAUUUGAAGAACAUCUGCAAGCAGUCACCCAAGCCAAAGUUAAGCAGGAGCAGAGGGCCGUAAAAGCAGAGGAAGCAUUGAGAAGGGCAAGGUGGAGUAAUGCUAAGGCAGCUCAGAAGCUUCAAGAAGAAUUAAAAAGGCUAUCAGAUGAAAUGACAUUGAAGAUUGAUGAGAGAGAAAAACUGGCCAGUGAUGCGGUGAUAGAAGCAAAUAUUCUGCGUGAGGAGAACAAAAUUUUAGAGGAAUUGCUGCAGAAAUCCGAAGAAGAAUUUAAAUCAGCAAAAGAUCAUUAUGAAAGAGAAGUUCUUCAGCUGAAAGCUUCAUCAAUGGAGGUUGGAAGACCAAAAAUAGCAGGGUCAGGGCACUGCAAAGAAAUGGAGCGUAGAGGAGAAGUCAGAUAUGAUGCGCAACAAAUGGAAAAAUCAACUGCUGAAAUGGAGAUAGAACAAAAGUUGAACAAGGAAAAGGAAUUGGAGAGAGAGCUAGCUUCAGUGAGGAGGGAAGCAGAAAUGUUCCUGGAGGAAUUAAUUCCCCUGAGGACUGAAGAUGAUCAAAAGAAGAACGUAGAAGAGACCUUACAAUCAGAAGUAGAGAAGCUACAACUUCAGAAUGACGAAAUGAGAUGCAGUACAGAUCAACUAAAGUUGGAAAAUGAGAACUUGAUGAAGUUGGUGCUCAAAUUACAGGGACACCGCCAAGAGAAGGAACAGGAGGAUGAACCACCUGAGGAGGCAACUCCGGACAUUAUUGUUGCUGGAGGAAGAAAUUGUAUUAGGGAGAACAUUCACCACCAACAGGAUGCCUUUACAGAAGAAAGAUUUGUGCAGAAUGGACCCAGAAAAAUUGCAAAUAUAACAAGUAGAGAAGUAGAUCCAGGGAGAGCGUCAGAAACGAUCAAUGGCCAUACCCAAAAUAUACUUGAUCCAGAAUUACUAAGUGAAGUAGCUUUAUUGAAAGAGAAAAACAACCACAUGGAGCAUGAAUUGAAGGAAAUGGAAGAGAGAUAUUCAGAAAUAAGUCUCAAAUUUGCAGAAGUUGAAGGUGAAAGGCAACAACUUGUCAUGGCUUUACGCAAUUUGAAAAACGGAAAGAGGUAGCAGUCUGUCCACUGGAAAAUAAAUGAUUGAAUCAUUAGAUUUGCGCAAAAGCAACCUUCUGUAGAAGAUAAUGAAGCAGCCAAAAAUAAGGUCUGAAUAUGCAGAUUCCCUGGCAAUUAUAAGUUGCUUCCAUCUCAAAUUAUCAACUUCCAUGUCAUAGACAAGCAAUAUUGUCGUGGUAACCGUGGUAAUGAGGGUCAUGCACCUGUUAGAAUCUGUUGUUAUCAUUAUCUUCUAUCCAUUUUUGUCCAACACAAUUUGUCUACUUACUAGAUUAUAUGCAAGCAGUAUAUCCAGGUUUCCUUCCUUUUGUAAGAAUUUACAUAAUAUCUAUAGAUCAGUUGCUAAUGUUCACAAAUUAUUCAAAUCAUAGAAAUGUGAACAAAUUUUAAAGUA